AACAAGGUUGGCUCCGGAACCAAGAGCCCAGGCGGGCGCCAUACUAGAAACUAAAAUGGCUGCCCCGGGGACAGGAGCUCAGCUCGGGCCGUGAGGGGCUGCGCCUCCACCCGCCUCACCGACAAGGGACGUCGCCUCGCCUCGCCUGGCACACCUUGGACAGGCCACACCUCCUUGCUGGAAUUUGCAGAUCUUAUGGAACCAUUUUUUGAUGUUACAGCUUAGUAAAGCACCAGAAAUACAGUUCCUGCUUACCUACCUCCUGUAACAGAGACUAUUUCUGAGCCAAACAGAAAAAUGAUAAAGUUUUUUCUCAUGGUGAACAAACAAGGUCAAACAAGACUCUCCAGGUAUUACGAACAUGUGGAAAUUCAUAAGCGGACAAUGCUGGAAGCUGAAGUAAUCAAAAAUUGCCUCUCUCGUUCAAAAGAGCAAUGCUCUUUCAUUGAAUAUAAGGAUUUUAAGCUGGUGUACCGACAAUAUGCAGCCCUUUUUAUAGUGGUUGGAAUCAGUGAAACAGAGAACGAGAUGGCUGUAUAUGAACUAAUUCAUAAUUUUGUGGAGGUUUUGGACAGAUAUUUCAGCAGAGUGGAGAAGUGGUAUGUAAUGCGUAAUGACGGUGAGGUAAAUGAUAAUUCACCUUAUCUGACUAAAACUGAUAUCCACCUAUCUUUUUUCUUCCAGAGUGAAUUAGAUGUAUCCUUUCCAAUAAUGUUCAACUUGGAUCGAGUGCAUAUAAUUUUGGAUGAAAUGGUGUUAAAUGGCUGCAUUGUGGAAACCAACAAGAAUAGAAUUCUUGCACCUCUAUUUGUUCUUGACAAAGUGGCAGAAAGCUAGAAAGAAACAAGCCUACCGAAGAACGUAUUUUACAAAGCGUUCUGAAAACCUCACAAACAUCCCUACAGCUAUUUUCUGAGACUUCCGAAGGUGAAAUCUUGCAGUAUUUUCAACUGGCUGGAACAUACUAAAGCAAAGAAAUCUAAUGCAUAUUCCCUCUUCCUUUCUCCUUCAACCCUAGAACAAAAUAUGCCAUGCCAACGUAAAGGUAAAAAUUGGGACUGAGGAGGGACCAACAGGAACUUCUUUUUCAAAGAGGCAAAUGUCAGUUGACACAGCACUUGUCUUUCUAAAAAGUAACUAUUUUGUUUUAGUAUUUGUAAUUCUGUUAGGGGAAAAAUAUUCAUGAAGCCUUGUAUGUCUGUGGCUAUGCAUCUCAGGGUAUGUUUACAUUACAAGCGCUACAGCAGCACAGCUGUAGACACGCCGUUGUACUGUAGACAUUUACUACAGCAACAGAAAGGGUCUUUCAGCUGCAGUAGUAAAUCCACCUACUUCAGAGGCGGGACCUAGUUGUGUCUACAGUGGAGUUUAGACUUAACUAUAUUGCACAGCCCUGAGUGAUGUAGCUAGGUCAACUUAAGUUUUAGGUAUGGACCAGGCUUCACCUCCUUCAUUCCAGAAAUAAGGGAUGGAGAAGAUGAGUUAGAAAAUAUUAGUAUAAUUCCAAAGUUGUUUCAGAUCUUGCUUUAAUACUUUAUACCAUAUUAUCAUUCAAAUUUGUUUUCGGAAGUAUGUAUCGUAAGCUCUUGAACUUCUGUACCGAUACGACCAAUCUUCUACUAGGUUCAGUCUGCACAAGAACAGGUUUAUCCUAUAACCUUUUGUAUAGAACCGAGUGUCAAGUUUGUGUUCACUCAAAUACUGCAGUGAUGGCUGUAAUAAAGGUUCCUGAAUACUAUGGCAGUUGUAACUAAACUAUUUGGACACUUAAUUCGAUGAUGUUAAUAAAAGAAUCAGAAUGGUAAAACAACGGUUAAUUGUUCUUUAUCAUACCCAAAAGGAAGUUGCUCCUUUAGUAGUUUAAUUUUCUUAGUGUAAUGUUUUAGUAUUUUGCUUAUAAACUUGAAAAUAAAGGUUCUCCUUUUCA